CACUCAUAAACGGCACUCACCAGAUAUCUGGCAAUUAUUGUAGAUCGUUUUCUCCGAGUGAACAGUGCAUUGUUUUAACAAAUCAAAAUUACAUACCAGUCGAUGGCUUUGAAUCAGGCUUAGAAAACAAGCCAAUCCUUGCUUAAUUCUACAUACUAAAAUGAAAAGGGUUAUCGUAUUCAAGAAUGGAAGUGAUGUCGAUGGAAAAGUCCUUUUGGUCACCCAUUCAUUAGACGAGCUGCUUAAGGCUGCUGGGCAAAAAUUCGGCAUCUCGGCUAAAAAGAUAUUCACUCAGAAAGGGGGUGAAAUUGACGACAUCAAAUUGAUAAGGGACGAUGAUAUUCUUUACGUAUCUGGUGGCGAGGGUUUCAUUUCUCAAGUUGAUUCUGUCAAUAACAAACUCAAUAGCCUUUCACUCCAGCAAGAAUCCUCAAAUGCCGCCAUCAUUGCGGCAACAGUUGAAAUGAAAAAGGAGAACAAACAUCCUGGACAUUGGAUUACACUGAAUGUCGGAGGAAAGUAUUUUACGACAUCAAGAAGUACACUCGUCAGCAAAGAGCCGAACUCGAUGUUGGCCAGGAUGUUCGCAGAAAGAGAAUCUGGGUAUUUCAUGAGCCCGAGCAAUGUCGACGAAAAAGGAGCAUACCUCAUUGACCGCAGCCCGACUUAUUUUGAACCUAUAUUGAACUACUUGAGGAAUGGACAGCUUGUAUUUGAUAACAACGUUAAUCCUGAAGGCAUUCUUGAAGAAGCUCGUUUUUUUGGAAUCGAUUCAGUAAUUCCACACCUGGAAAGCCUUGUAUCUGCUGGACAACAGACGAGAGACAAUCUUCCUUUAACAAGAAGAGAUGUAAUAAAUGCCUUGAUCAAGACAUCAUUUAACACUGAACUGAGAUUCCAAGGUGUCAAUCUGGCUGGAUCUGAUCUUUCAAGAUUGGAUCUCAGAUUCAUCAAUUUCAAAUUUGCAUGUUUACACGGAUGCCGAAUGGUGGGUGCAAACUUGAGCUAUUGCUGCCUUGAACGAGCCGAUCUGUCUCAUGCAGUAUUAGAAGGAGCACAACUCUUAGGAGUGAAAAUGCUUUGUGCCAACUUGGAAGGAGCUAAUCUAAGAGCCUGCAAUUUUGAAGACCCAACAGGAACAAGAGCAAACAUGGAAGGUGUCAAUUUGAAAGGAGCAAAUUUGGAAAGCAGCAAUAUGGCUGGUGUUAAUUUGAGAGUAGCUAAUCUAAAAGGGGCUAAUCUUCAAAAUUGUGACCUACGAGCAGCUGUUCUUGCUGGCGCAGAUUUACAGAACUGUGACCUUUCGGGCAGUGAUUUACAAGAGGCGAAUUUGCGUGGAGCUAAUCUCAAAGACGCUUCCCUUGAGUUAAUGCUGACUCCUCUCCAUAUGUCACAGACUGUUCGUUAAUACCAUUUCCCUCUUCAAUGGGAAAUACAUUUAUAUGUCAAGUGAAUAAUAAUCAUUUUGGAAAUGUAUACAUCUUACUUCCUAUUUAUAUUGAUUUGGCUGUGUCAUAUAAUUUAUGAAUUUUUGUGAUAAUAGUCUGUACUUAUAUAAUUGUACUUAUUUAUUGUUGGCUAAAUAUCUAAUUAGAGUUUUUAUAUAUUUUUUGGUGGGGAGGGUAUGGUAUGGAAAGUAUUAUUUUUUGCUGAAUACUGUGAUUAUGGUCUUUUUUUUAAUUAGACUUACUGCUGAUUGGUUUUUAACUAUUCAAUUUAUGUAAACUAUUACGCAUUUGAUUUUGAGACAAAUAAAAUUGAAUUUAUGCUUAAAGUAGAAAAGUAAUGUAAACCAUACAUUAAAAAUGUAUUGAUUCAUUAUUGAUCUGAGAUGUAGACUAUAACUGAUUAUCUUGCAUUUUAAUUCACUGCAAAUAAACACAGACAUUUACUGUUUA